AUGCUAGCCCUUUCAGAUCCAUUCUCUCAUAAUUCAGCUAUUGAUUCUCUUGGCUCUCAAAUGACUCUACCAACAUCACAGGCAGCCACACAGUUCCAGAGUCUGCAACAAGCAACAAUACAGGAGCAGCAACAAGCACAGUCCAUAUUAUACUCAAAUGGAAGCGUUCCGAACAUAGGAGAACUUCAACAGCAGCAACAGAUGCAGCCUGCAUCAUAUACAAAUGGAACCAUCCCCAUGACAGGGGAACUUCAACAGUUUCAGCACCAGAUGCGGCCCACGUUAUAUCCAAAUGGCAUUAUCCCAACCAUGGGGGCACCUCAACAGUUGCAGCAGCAGAUGCAGCCCGCACUUUAUUCAGAUGGGACUAUUUCUUCAAUGGGAGCACCUCUUCAACAACAGCAACAGAUGCAGCCUGGAGUUUUUCCAAAUGGAAGCAUGCCGAGCAUGGGAGCAGGCUCUCAGAGCCUGGGGCCUCUUCCACCAGCACCCUGGGAUAUGCAAUCAAUGCAAAAUCCUCAACCCAUGGUCUUUGCUUAUGGUCAGCAGGCAGAUGUGCAAUUUGGUGAUCAGAGGCGGGCCACAUGCUCCCUGGCAACACCUGAUGACAUAUCUCGAAAAACACAAGGGCUUUCCCUUGAAGAUGACGGAUACACGAGCUUUUUUCAAGGUUCUUCUGCAUCUUAUUUGCAGCAGAAGAAGCCAUCUAAGGCAGAAGACAAACUUUUUGGUGAUCUCGUAAGCAUUGCAAAGACAAAAUCUAAACCCUCAAGUACCCCGACAACUUAG